AUGGCACCGGCACACAUCCAAGUCCAAAAAGUCCAGGUUAACCAUGACCAUCACUCUACCGAAGAGGAAGACCCUCCAUUCGCAACCUAUAUCUCCGAAUACCCAACAACACAACAACGUAAACCCUACUACCCACCAACAAACUCCCGCUACCACGACCUAGGCACUGCCCGAGUAAACAUCGCACCAGACGCCGACCAUCCUAACGGCACAACAGAAAACAACUACGCCGCCAAAAACUCACACCGCACCGUUCUCCAACAACACUGCGACUAUUGGGACACCGACCACGACAACAUCAUCUGGCCACAAGACACCUACCUCGGAUGCCGACGUUUCGGAUGGUCGCCGCCCCUAGCCCUGAUCGCAACCCUUCUGAUAAAUGGAAACCUGAGCUACCCGACCUGUCCUGGAUUCCUGCCUGACCCGUUCUUCAGAAUCUAUCUAGACAAGAUCCACAAGGACAAGCAUGGGAGCGACAGUAUGACGUAUGACAAUGAGGGGAGGUUCAAGCCGCAGAAUUUUGAGGAUAUAUUUAGCAAGUAUGAUCGGGGGAAUAAAGGUGGGUUGACAGUUGGUGAUUUGUUGCACUUCCAUAUGGGGCAGAGGAUGGUUUUUGAUUUCUUUGGUUGGAGCGCAACGUUUCUGGAAUGGCUAGCUACAUAUCUUGUGAUAUGGCCUGAGGAUGGCAUAAUGCGCAAAGAGGACGUCAGGGCCGUCUUUGAUGGCAGUAUCUUUUAUAGAAAGGCGGAAGAGACAAAGGCACGGAAACGUCAGACGGGCUGGCCGAAGGUGAUCGGAGUGAAGUGGGACUAG